AUGUUAUACUCUUGGGUUCAAGCGGUCGCCUCUGCGGCUACAAGUCUCAUAGUCGAACCACCGUGGAAAAAGAGGAAACCGAAUCCACCUCCUCCACUGUCGUUUUUGUCGCUUCCAGAUGUAAUAAUUCUAAACUGCUUAGCCCGCGUAUCGAGGUCCUACUACCCUAAACUUUCCCUAGUCUCCAAAACCUUUCGCUCUCUCAUCUUAUCCAUUGACCUCAACCACGCACGCUUUCACCACCAAACACAAGAAGACAUUUUUUAUAUAUGUUUACAGCUUCCCGACCGUCCUCUUCCAACAUGGUUCACCCUUUGGAUAAAACCUGACGAGGAGGAGGUGAAGAAGAGAUCUAUCUUUGUACAAGUGCCGUCUUCCUACGAUUCUCGAGAACCGUUGUCCUAUUGUACGGUUGGUUCAGAUCUCUAUGCACUCAGACAAAGCUAUCCUCCGUCCCCCUCAAUGUUUGUCCGCAACAAGAAGAGUGUUGUAUGGCGUAACGCACCCAACAUGACUGUACCUCGAGCGUAUCCCGUUGCGUGCAAACUAGAUGGCAAGAUAUAUGUAAUGGGAGGUUGCAAUGAUGACAAAUCCAAAAAAUCAUGUUGGGGUGAGGUUUUCGAUACAAAUACUCAAACAUGGGAAACUUUACCUAACCCUAAGGCUGAGCUCCGGUUCUCUUCGAUGAUCAGAGAAACGCAGAUUAUCGAAGGAAAGAUAUACGUUCGGAGCAUCGAUGAGAUAGAUUCUGUUUAUGAUCCGAAAACACGAAAGUGGGACGCUACAGAAAAAGCACUCGUGGAUGAUAGUAGGUCUAUGGUAAUGGUAGGUGAUUUAUAUUACUCUUGUCGUGCGAAAAGUUGCAAGUGGUAUGACACAAAGUGUGACAAGUGGAAACUAGUCAAGGGGUUGUCUUCGUUGAAUAAGAGUUAUUGUCGUCGUGGUUUGAUUGAAACAGUUGAGUAUUGUGGGAAACUCUUAAUCAUUUGGGACAAGUUUGCGCAGCCUCGGCGUUAUUGUCAUGAAAAGACUAUUUGUUGUGCUUUGGUUGCGUUUGAAAAGCGCCAAAAUGGUCAAGUUUGGGGAAAGGUUGAGUGGUCUAAUGCUGGGCUUACGGUUUCAAGUUCAUACGUCUACAUGCGUUAUUUAGUGAAUGUCUUAUAAAUUUAAUUCUUAUAACAUUGUUUAGAAUCUUUGGUAGCACCAACGAUUCAUAUAGAUCUAUUACCUAUUCUUUGG